UAGUUUUGCAUAUCUGGGAAAGAGCAGAUUCAGCUAACAUUAAUUGGGGAGUGACAGAGAGAGAGGGGCAAAAGAUUUUAUGAAUUAAAUUGAAUGUGCAGUAGUGUUAUUAUAGGCUGUGUAGGUGGGGAAAGAGAGCUCUAGAUAAGCAGAGCGACUGUCCUUCCUUUUGGGAAACCCCAAUUUUCACGUGAGCAAGAGCUGGUCAAUAUUAAUGUCGAAUCAGAUAGGCUGAUCUCUGUUUCUUCAAUUUCAUUGAUUAUUCAUAAAUGCACAAUUAGUUAUUGCUUACAAACGCAGAUGUUUGAGAACGUCAAUGUGGUUUACAGUUAAUGGUGUAGUUGCUCGAAGAAAUAAAUUACAACAAAAUCACUUGAGCAACCGAACCUUACCAAGAGACAAGAGUUUAACGAUAGGAGUCUUUUAAAAACGUGUUUAUCUUAAGAACCACAUUAAGCUUUUUUAUAGACUCGAUUCGUUUUCGUAACGUCUUUGAUGACUCAUGAUGCCCAAUUUAAACAAAUAAUAUCAAGAAGACUUUGAGAAAUGCAAGUCCAGUAUAUCAUGUUUCGUUUCUUGUUCAUUCAUCAUGUUUCAUUUCGUGUCUUUAUGUAGUUUCUUUAGGUAGACUUUUUUUUUUUUUUCUUCUUCUAAGCAUUUGUUAAUAAUUUUUUAACUAGCCAAUCUAGUUUUUAAACCAUAUAUAGUUUUACGUUGCUAUCAAAAAGAUGUCUAGAUAAAGUCGAUGAGUUUUAAGACUUUAUCAAUCAAAGGUCUAGUGUGACUCAAGUCGUUCCCUGCCUGACGAUCGCAUAAUUGUCAUACUUUUGAAGACGUCAUUGGCAUACUAUUUUGUAAUUUUCUUAGAAACUAACGAAUAUAAAUUACCAAACACACACAUCUUAUUACGAGAACCUAACCUGUAUAAGCUAUAUACAUGAUUGAUAAAAUGGAAAAAAAGUUAAUCAAAGCAUCUCAAAGAAAAAAUAUCAAGCGAAGAAAGGAGUAUAUAAAAAAUUAUUACAAGUUGAUAAUGAAAGGAACAUGGUUUACAAAAUAUCUAAAAUUAAAUGAAUCUCGAUCUCUUGUCAUCGGCUUAUUUUUUCCAUAUAUAACUUACAUUUAAUGGUUGAAUUUCUUAAAACUUUUUAUUUCAAUUGAAGUAUCAAAUAAAUAAAUAUUUUACAGACCUGACGAAACUCAAAAAAAAAAAAAAGGUCAGAAGAGAGACAUGUUCACAUCCAAGACAAGAAGAAGAAGAAGUCAUCUCUUUCUUCUUCAUAUAGCUUCUCCGCAACUUCCAUACCAAAAUCUUUAAAACCCUAAACUAUUUUCUUGUAGGUCAAGUCUUUGUUCUUCAACAUCAUUUCUUAUUCUCCCAAGACAUAAUCUCUUUCAAAGCUUCCUCCUCUCUAACUUCCUCACAUUCGUGAAUCAUGAGAGGCAUCGUGGCUUGUUACAGCGAACACGCCAUUAACGUAUCGGAUGCGUACUGUUCAGGUCCUUCUAGUCAUUCUUACGUGUCCCCGACAUUACCUCCUUCCAUCCCCGACACAGUAACUACAACUUAUAAAUCCCAUCUCCCUUCUUCCGACAAACCCGUCUAUGUUUCGCUCACCUGGUCGGAUAAUCUCACCGUCGUGAUCUCCACGCAACCGAAUUCUUACUCUGUCUCCCUCAAGAAACCAAAAGGGUCAAGAAACUUGACUUCUUCCUCCGGUUCACUCAACGCAGAGAUCCUCUGGGAUCUAACGGAGGCAGAGUACGAUAACAACGGACCAGAAGCAACCAGAGGAUUCUCCGUCACCGUUUUGGUCAACUCCGAGAUCACCCUGAGAGUCGGCGACGUGCGAGACACGUCAUCGUGGCGGGUCUCGCGAACGGAGAGGUUCUCUGGAGCUUGCUGGCUCUCCACGAAGGCUCGGUUCUCCAACGCCGGAGAUAAACACGAGAUUCAGAUCCAAUGCGGCGGAGGAGGUGGUAGUGGAGGUGGCGGUGGAGAAGAAGGGUACUUAUGGAAAACGAAAAGUCCAGAAACGAUGUCGGUUUGGGUGGAUAAGAAGAAAGUGUUUGAGGUGAAGAAGCUGAAAUGGAAUUUUAGAGGGAACCAAACGAUGUUCUUCGAUGGAAUGCUUAUUGACAUGAUGUGGGACUUACACGACUGGUUCUCCAGAGAAACGGCAUCGUUAUCUUCCACUUCAUCGUCUUCUUCUUCCUCAUCGUCUUCUCCUCCAUGUGCUGUGUUUAUGUUCAGGAGAAGGAGUGGAUUGGAUAGUAGAUUGUGGCUCGAGGAAGACGAAGAAGAGAAUAAGAAAAAGAUUGGAGUAAGGGAAGCCAAACAUGCGUUUUCUCUUGUCAUUUGUGUCUCUAAAAAGUAAAAAGAAACAUUCUUAUUAACAUUUUUGUUUCCCAUGCAUUCGUAUAAAGUUUUCAUGAUAUUAGAAAGUAGAUGUUCUUGUUUUGUAAAAAUGUUCCUAAUUAUGUGUGCUAAUUAGAGAAAAAUCUCACAAAAAAAAAAUAUAACCAAUUUGGACUUGCUUUUAGCCAAAUUCAUUUCAAACCCAUCUCCGAGCGACAAACAAAGUUAUCACCUAUCUACCAAAUUGCUCCAUGCAGUGUGAUGAUGGGUGUCAAUAAAGUAGUCCAUUAUUCUUAAAAUGAUCGUAUGUUGAGCAAUUUAUCAUUAAACGCCAUAUAUGCUUAUUAUAUAUCUUGUAAAACAGGGAUCGAAAUAUUUCUUGGGAAGAAAAUAAGUUAUUUUUCUCGGAAGGCUACGCUUGGUGCUUUGCGCAGCUCGGUGAAGGUUCAGAGAGCCUUCACGCUGAGGAUUACAAGCAAGUACUUACGGAUGAGUCUUGAGGUUCCGUAGUUUUCAGUAUCAUUGUUUGUGUUUGUGUCUUCCCUUUAAAACAAUAUGAAUUCAUCUUUUCAGUUCUUUGGUUUGUGUUUUGUUUAAAAGAGUGGUAAAGUGAAAGACCCUUUUAAAACCAUUUUCUGAGUCGUCUUGUUCUUGUGAAACCUUUUAACAAAUGAGUCACUUCAUAAAAUUUGUAUCAGUUUGGUAGGUUUACAACUUUGGAGCCAAAGUGAUCUUUGACAAGUAGUAGACAUGUCAUGCUUGAUACAACUGGUAGUGGUAGCCCUGCUUUACACAUUUCAACAUACAUAUACUUCAUAUAGAUAAUAGAUCUUUUCGUUAUAUUGAAGCUAUAAGAAAUUAGUUAAAAAUCAAAUAAAGUUCUAUCUUUGCUCAACAGUGCACUUGUGUUAUUGAUCUCUUUUUAUUCAAUACACUAAAUUGUAUUUACUAAUUUAAGGGAGAAAAAAUCCGAACAAAAACCAGUUGUAUAUUAAAAGUUGUGUUAUCAUCUUAAUGUAUGUUUAUUAUCUAACCACGUAAGAGUACAAAGCAUGAUAAUUACGAUCAAAAUAAUAUUUUUACAGGAAAAUUUGAUGUCUAUAAAAAGGAAUACAUUUCCGUGUAAAAUUUAUAAAAUAGCCAACCAUAAUUAACAUCGCAGUAAAAAAGUUUCAGCAUCACUAACCAAAAAUAUCAUAGUUUGAGAACGUAUUAAGACACCAGAUAGUUCACAUGAAACAUAUCUUCUUUGUAUAUAUAAAAAGCUUUGUUUCUCUCUCAUGGUGUCCAGCUCAGAUGCCACGUCAUCAAUUAGUGUUCUGCUGAUGCGACAUCUGUCCUCAAUUUAAAAAAUGUGUUUCAUUUAUUUGAGGACAUAAUGGAUUUGGGUUUCAAGUUUGUACGGGCUUUAUGUCGGUUUAAUGGACCCAAAACUGAAUAAAGAGCAACUCCUAAUGUAUAGAAACGCGGCGUUUUGGAUUUAGGGCUGAACUUGUUCUUCAUCUACGCCGUACGAGAGCUAAACUCGGUUUAUGGUUUUGAAAGCGUUCUUUCAUCUUCUUCCUUAAAAAUCCGAGAGGCAACCAGUUACAGACUUUCAGGUUCACCCUCUUAAAAUCGUUGCUUUAAUACAUUAGCCACGAUCUCUCUUCAAUGCGAGUUUGACUCCUGCGAGGCGGUGUAACUGUUGGUAU